CCACUUUCUGCCAGCUUCGCGGAAGCCGCGGGUGUGCCCUGCCGCGGUGGGUUUGGGAUCUCGGCCCUGCGACUGAGCAGUGCGCGGAAAAGCCUGUCCCGCAAGCAGGGCAGUUUGUGUGCGCAGUUUGUGUUUCUGUGCGCAGCACAGAGCAACGAAGAGCGCCCGCGGCCACGGGACAGGGGUCAUCAGUCGAGAGAACGAGAUCUCUGUGGCUGAAAGUCCAAGGAAGAGAGCAAAACGGAAAGGAGUCGUCGAGGGGCUGCGUCUGUACGGCGGGUGGGGUGCGGAGUGUCAGCUCAGAGCGCCGAUCUUGGGUGAGCGCAGCCGACCAGGAAACCCGCUCUGAGGCGAGCUCAUCGGACCACCGCGCCAGCGCCCGAUCCCCGCCCGCGGCCUCAAGCCUGGCUUCGAAGCCCAAGGGCCGGACCACUUGCUCCGUUUCGGGCCGAUGGUGAACUACAUUUCCCGGCAGGCGCGCGCGGCCGGCCGGGGGCGGGCCUGUGGCGGAAGAGGCCUCCGGAGGAGGCGGGUCAUUUCCGUUGCGCGCGUGGGCCCCACGUUCUGUAGUCGUGAGCGGAGGCCCGGAAAGGCGCCCAGCUUCCGGCUUCGCGCGACGGAAGUGACGCAAACGCGGCGCGCGGCGGCGCCGAGUGUGGACCUGGGUUGCGAUGAGCUGUGUCCGUUGUGGGCCGGCGACCGGGGCCCUCCGGGCACUGAGGCUGAUCCGCUGGACUUCGCGAAGCCUGCAUCAGCCCCCUGGUGGCCGGGCUCGAGAGCAGCCCGCGCUCGAAGGCGAGGAGGAGGACGACCCUGACCGUCCUCUUCAGUUUUCCUCCAGCGAAGCCAACCCGUUCCGGUGGACAGUGCAGCACUCCCUGGGAAAGGAGCAGCAGCGGCCCUGGUGGAGAGUGCUGCCCUUCAGCCUGUCAGUCAUGGCUCUGAUCAUCUGGUGCUUCUUUAGGCAGGAGACCAGUGCGGACGGGUGGUUGAGACAGAUAUUGCAAGAAGAGGUGCCAGAGCCCGGAGAUCGUUCUGAAGAGCGUUGCGACCUCGGUGGCCCACGGGGCGAGAACUUAACGGCGCGCCAGCAGUGAGGGAACCGGCAUUCGCCUUUAGGCUUUGACGCGACAGAACCGGUCGCGUUUAACCGUUUCUGCCCUGGCUAUGCGGGUUCCCAGACCGAAGGGCUUGAAUGUCGUGCCUGGUCAUGCUGACCCCUUGCAGGCAGAGAAGAUUGGCUGCAGAUCGCUCCCAGCUCCUGCCUGAUGCUUGAUGCCCGUCGAAUACGCCCAAAGACAUUACAGGUCCAUAGGAAAAAGGUUGUGGUUGCAGCGUGUGCUGUUGGAUUUGCGGUGUCUUUGCACAACAUUAUCAUGUUUCCAGAGCCAUGCUGGCGACACUUGUAGUCCAGUUGAACUUGCUUUCUGAGGCAGAAUCACUGGCAGAAGGGUUUAAACCUGUUUAUUUUACACUGGACUGUGACGUGUGUAAACUGAUGUUAGUUUAACAAACUAACAAUAAAUUUUAACGUGGGAAUGUGGAAUUAAGCCAGUCCCCUCCCCCCGUUUUUCCGCAUUCCUUAAAAAAAAGGAGCCCUCUAGUCUUUUCAGUUCCGUUGUCUGUCUUUGCAUGCAGGAAGAGGAACUGAGGAAAUACAUGCAGGUGAUGGAAUACAUUAUCAAACAGUACCAAGAAUAAUGGGCUUUCUCAGA